AUGGCCGCCCAAGCAUCCCUCCUCAACAACCCCAACGCCUCCAAAUGGGACAUUAUCCUCAUCCAAGAACCUCACAUCAAUUUUCUCCGCAACACCUCAGCAAACCAUCACUGGCACGUCAUAUAUCCUACUCAGCACUACACCCAUCUCCGUCAACGUACCCGCGCUAUAACCCUCAUCAGUACCCGCCUGGACACCAACCUCUGGAAACAGAUCCCGCUGCCUUCCUCCGACAUCACUCUCCUUCAACUCUCUGGUCCUUACGGCAAAUGCACGAUCUUUAAUAUUUAU